UACCUGCUAACCUACCCACCACUUGACCGGGCUACCUAGUACCCGUACCGCCGUCGCAGCAGCUGCGCUACGUACGUCGUCGUCCGGUCGCCGUAGCAAUAGCCAGUCGCGGACCCGUGGCAGUAACAACAGUUGCAGCAGCUGCGGUAACGUUCGACGUCGAGCCGGCCGGGACCGCGACAGCACCACGCCGGGGCGGACGAGCCAGCGCAGCGGCCACCCGUAUCAGUUGUGUGACCGCACGCGGCAGCUGUUGAACACGCGCGCCAUCGUUUAUGUACGUGUUGAACGUGUCCGACGAACCGACCGGUCCGCCAGACACGGCUCACGCAGCGGCCAACAGCCACGCAGUCGUGCUCAGUUGUCAGACGACCGAGAGGACCGCGGCCGCGACCAUGACGCUGCAAGCCAUUCGGUACCAGAAUGGCACGUUGGAAGUGUUGGAUCAACUGUUGUUGCCCAAAGAGUCCAAGUACAUACCGAUUUUGGGUGUCGAAGACGGAUGGAAGGUCAUCAACAAGAUGCAGGUACGAGGUGCUCCAGCUAUUGCUAUUGUUGGAUGUUUAAGUUUGGCUGUAGAAAUAUCAAAAGAAGAAUUUGAAAAGAAAAAAGCUCUUCGACGAGAAGUUGAAGGCAAACUGAAUUAUUUAAUAUCUGCUCGGCCAACUGCUGUAAAUAUGAAACAGGCUGCAGAUCAUUUAAUAUCUUAUAUAAAUUCUUUGGAUAAUGAUGAGUCGGUUUCAGCACAAGAAAUGCAAGCUAGGUUUGUUGCAGCGAUAGAAGCAAUGUUAGAAAAAGAUAUAUCAGAUAAUAGAUCAAUAGGAGAAUAUGGAGCUAAAGCAAUUUUAAACAGUAUAACAGAUGGUGAACAAGUUCGAAUUUUAACACAUUGUAACACUGGUUCAUUAGCUACUGCAUAUUUUGGUACUGCAUUAGGUGUUGUACGUUGUUUACAUUCUACUUCAAGACUGGAAAAAUGUUAUUUCACGGAAACUAGGCCUUACAAUCAAGGUGCCAGAUUAACUGCCUAUGAAUUAGUUCAUGAUAAAAUACCAUCAACCCUUGUUUGUGAUAGUACUGUUGCUUAUUUAAUGAAAACUGCUCAGAUUAGUGCUGUUGUUGUUGGUGCCGAUAGGGUAGCAGCCAAUGGAGAUACUGCUAACAAAAUUGGAACUUAUCAAAUAGCAGUUGUUGCUAAACAUCACGAUGUUCCAUUCUAUGUAGCUGCUCCAUUGACAUCAAUUGAUUUUAAUGUAAAUACUGGUGAUAAUAUUAUUAUUGAGGAGAGGCCUCAAGUGGAAAUGACACACAUAAAUAAUAUAAGAAUAGCUUCUCCAGGUGUAACUUGUUGGAAUCCAGCAUUUGAUGUAACACCAGCUCGACUGAUAACUGGAAUAAUCACUGAAAAGGGUGUUUUCCAGCCAUCUGAACUCUCCACACUUCAGUCACUAAUACAAGACCAUAAAAACUCACUUCCUCAACUGUAAUACAUACUGUAUAAUACCUAACUGUUAUAUGAUUGCACAGUUGGAUUGUACAAUUUUUUUAUGAAGAAAAACAAUAUAGGCUAUUUUUUUAUAUUCUAUGUAUGCUAAAGCUACAUUCCUAAGCCAGCAACA